AUGGCCACACAUGUGGAUAUUUCCCAGCAGCAACAAGGGUGGAAUGAUGCCCCCUUGAGACAGGAAACUCGUGCCCAGGAGAUCGAACAGGGGCGCCAACAGCAACUACAGCCACCACUGCCACCACAAGUCCAACUGAACGACAAGGCCGAAGAACAACAGCCUAUGCAGAGCAAUGACUCAAUUCCGAGCGGCGGCAGUAUCAUAGAUCUUCGGACCGACGAAGAAUGUUGUUCCACAGCUAUCUCGACUGUCGACCUCUUUGCCAGCAACGGGACUGCGGGAACCAGUCUGAGAAACAUUGACAUGAGCGACAGGAGCCAGUACAAUUGGCUGUCGGGAUGCGAGUGGCCACAGGAACUGUCCAUAUCGGCUGAAGACAUGAUCCCACCGUUUGAGCCUAUGGCAGAUUUCGACGCCUUCGAUGAGGCCGACAUCAUGGCAUCUGAGCUGCCAGAACUGGACGGUUUCUUUGCCACUGAGCUGAUUGCUUUGCCCGCGACAGCUGACCCUGAUCAGGAGAUUCCCUACCUUGCAAUGAGCCCAACUGUCGAUCCUGGAGGCGACGAAUUCGGCAGCAAGGCUGCUUCUGAGCUCACGGCGAGGGCGGAGUCGGGAUACUUCUCAGAAGCUACCCCUGAACUGCAGACUUCAACAUCGGCAACCUCUAGCAUCCUCCCAAAACGGAUGGCAACCCCUCUGGAACCACUGGUACCGGCACCUGCUCCACCGUCGAAAGGCUCACGUGCAGGGCGUCUGCAACAUUUACACCGGUAUCGGCGCCCACUGCCGGCCCUACAGACUUCGGGCCUCGUUUUGACAGAAGGCACCGUUUCGGACCGGAGUGGAGCCCUUUCCAGCCACCCAGGCCGCCGUCCCAAGAUGUGGCACAAUCAAAUCACCUCACCGGGCAGAAGAAGCUCUACACGGCCAGAGAGGGACCAUGUUGGCAGCCGGUAUGGGAAGCUCUCCUCCCUGCUACUCUCUCCGACAAACAUCAGGAGCAACGGCGAACACAGCUCACAGCCAUCACCCGCACUAUGUAGCGGGCAAUGCCAUGACAGCUUGAUCAAACAGCUCAGUCAGUUGACGUCGUGUUGGUCCUCGCAGCGCCACAUCUCCCUGGACAAACUUCUCAACCUGGAUCGCGACAUCUUACAGCUGCGCGAGACGGUGCUGCAGUGUGCUUGCUGUAUGGGAAGUGACCGGAGAAGCUCGCACAUCCAGACGAAAACCCUCAUGUUUGUCAUCAUGGUCAUGGAGAACUUGUUGGGCCUAUUCGAGAGGGAAUGCAAUCUCGAUCAACCGUCACCGCCAGAGUCGGAAGACGCCACGAUGGUGCUCGAAGUCGAUGAGGCAGUAGAAAAUGCGGAGGAGGGAAAUACCGGUGAAGACGAUGAAGAUACAGGCGACACAUCCUUGUCCUCUUCGCUCCUGUCUAAGAUCCUCCAUCAGCGACGUCGAGACCUCAAGAGAAAUGAGCAACGUCGCCAGCGCCAGCUUGUGGCCCAUAGCAGCACCAAAAUGGAUUUCGGCCAGAGCGCCAGGUAUCGUCGUCACCGCGCCACCAGCGGCAGCAGCGGUAGCAAUACUUCCAGUGUAGGCCCCCUUUUUGUACCUCGGAGGUCAAGUCCGCCAUCACUCUCUGCGCUUCCUCAAACAGCCGAGCCGCUCCUGGUUGGGGCGUACAAAGUCGGCGAGGAUGUCCACGCCUCUUUCUCUCAGUAUUUAUUGCGGCUGCACUUCCAAAGGCAGAUGGAUGCUUUUCACGAGCUGGACCACAUCCUGACGGCGACGCAAGGGCGCAGUAGCGCAGGUCCAGGGUCAUCAGAUGUGAGCCAUCGCAUCGCGUGCGAGACUCUGGCGGACAUUUACAGACGGGUCGAGUAUUUUCUCGGAUUCAUUGCGUUCGUGGGAUAG